GGCUUCUUAGUCCUUCAUUCUUGCUAUUGCAAUCGCGCCACCAACCACUGCUUCACCAACUUUCUCCUCGGCGGACGCUCCGAGGUCCUUCUCUUUCGCCUUGUUCUCUUCUCCGAUCUCAGAUCUCGAGCUCAGGCCAUCGAAAUGCAGAGCUCUGCGGUUACUUUAUCGCCUGCUCUUCCUCUUCUCAAGCCACGGAGGCCUUUGAGUUCGUCUUUCAGCUCUGGAUGUAACUCAGUUCGGGUAUCUUCUUCGUCUUCCUCGAAUUCCAGAGAUCUCGGAGACCUGAAUGAUGUUCGUCUCACUUCCUCAUGGCCGCAGCGAUCUUGGACUCUGUCUUCGUCUCCUUUUUCCUCCGCGAAACUCCGGCCAUGGACUGGCGUGCUCUCGCUUGCUUCGGAUUCUGAUGCGAGUCAUUUCAAGGUUCAGGCCACUGCGGUGCCGGAUAGCGCAGGAGAGGAUGCUAGUGCUGGCGGUAAUCUAAGGAAAACGUUGGAGCUCGGGUUGUUGUUUGGCCUCUGGUACCUUUUCAACAUCUACUUUAACAUCUACAACAAGCAGGUUCUCAAGGUGUUCCCGUUCCCUGUAACUGUCACUGCAGUUCAAUUUGCUGUAGGCACUGUACUUGUUCUUCUUAUGUGGGGACUUAAUCUUUACAAAAAGCCAAAGAUCAGUGGUGCUCAGCUUGCUGCUAUUCUGCCGCUGGCAUUCGUUCACACAUUGGGGAACCUUUUUACAAAUAUGAGUCUUGGGAAAGUAGCAGUAUCGUUCACUCACACAAUCAAAGCUAUGGAGCCAUUUUUUUCAGUUAUCCUGUCGGCAAUGUUUCUUGGAGAGACUCCCACUCCCUGGGUAGUUGCAUCUCUUCUGCCAAUUGUUGGUGGUGUUGCAUUGGCAUCUGCCACUGAGGCGUCCUUCAACUGGGCUGGAUUUUGGAGUGCAAUGGCGUCCAAUGUGACUAAUCAAUCUCGUAACGUCCUUAGCAAAAAGGUCAUGGUGAAGAAAGAUGAUUCAAUUGACAACAUCACCCUCUUUUCAAUUAUAACGGUCAUGUCCUUUUUCUUACUAUCCCCUGUGGCUAUCUUCAUGGAAGGUGUCAAGUUCACUCCUGCAUACCUUCAAUCAGCCGGUUUGAACAUGAACCAACUCUACACUAGGUCGCUUCUAGCUGCCCUUUGUUUCCAUGCAUACCAACAGGUUUCUUACAUGAUUUUGCAAAGAGUUUCGCCUGUUACCCACUCGGUCGGUAAUUGUGUAAAGCGAGUUGUGGUCAUCGUGAGCUCUGUUAUCUUCUUCCAAACACCAGUUUCUCCAAUCAACUCUCUUGGCACUGGAGUAGCUCUUGCUGGGGUUUUCCUGUAUUCAAGAGUUAAGCGCAUCAAAGCUAAGCCAAAGACAGCUUAAAGCCUCCCAUGAAAUUUUGCCUUAAUAAGUUGGUUUGCUGCUAGAUAACGAUAAAUCCAUCAACGAUUUGUUUGUAGAAAACAACUGUAAGGUUUUUGUUCUCUUUAGUUUUAUACCAUUUCCUUCUGCUCUUCAGGAUGACUUUUUAUUCUUUGUGGAUAAAUAGCCAUCUUCCUUCCCUCUGGACACACGAUUCGCUUGGUUUAAAUGACCAUCCACAAUAUUAGAAGCGAACCUUUUGAGCUUUCAGGUUUAAA